UUUUGCCAGCCAUGUUGUUUUUCUAUCUUGUUAGUCUAAAUCACAAGUUUAGUUUCUCUCAAGCAAUCAUAUCUAAUCACAGGGAUGCCUUUUCAAAUGAUGAGGGAAGCUUGAAAACUUACAUUGUCAAGGUAAAGAAACCAGAAGGUGAAGAAGAAGCAUCAGUGCAAUCUGAGAAUUUAGAUAGCUGGUACAACUCAUUUUUGCCAGUCACUGACUCCAGCUUACAUGAGCAACAACGGAUGGUAUAUUCUUACCGCCAUGUCGCCACCGGUUUUGCUGCAAAACUUACAGCAGAUGAAGUGAAAGAUAUGGAAAAGAAGGAUGGUUUUGUGUCUGCCCAACCUCAGAGGAAAUUGCACCUUCAAACAACUCAUACCCCUGACUUCUUGGGGUUGCGCCAAGGACCAAAAUUGUGGCAGAAGACUAAUCAUGGAAAAGGAGUGAUUAUUGCAGUUCUCGACACUGGAAUUACGCCCGGUCACCCUUCGUUUAGUGCCAACGAUGUGCCCCGUCCGCCUGCAAAAUGGGAAGUGAAAUGUGAAGAGUCCAUCUGCAAUAACAAGUUGAUUGGUGCAAGGAAUUUCCAAGACAGAGGACCACACCUUUUGGACACAUUAGGCCAUGGAACCCACACAGCAAGCACAGCAGCUGGUAAUUUUGUGGAAGGUGCAAAUCUGUUCGGGAUUGCCAAUGGCACUGCCGCUGGCAUGGCACCUCUUGCUCAUUUGGCGAUUUAUAAAGUUUGUGGAGGUGAUUGCUUAGAAAGUGAUAUCUUAGCUGGAAUGGAUGCUGCCAUCAAUGAUGGUGUCGAUGUGAUCUCAAUGUCCUUGGGGGGACUCCCCAUGCCUUUCUAUAAGGACAAUGUUGCCAUUGGUGCAUUUGCAGCUACUCAAAGAGGUAUUUUUGUCAGUUGCGCAGCGGGAAAUUGGGGUCCAAAGGGUGCUACCGUAACAAAUGUAGCACCAUGGAUACUGACAGUGGGAGCAAGCACUGUUGACAGAAGCUACAGAGCAACCGUGGUUCUUGGGAACGGGGAGGAAUUCGAUGGGGAAUCCUUUUACCAGCCUAAAGAUUUCUCAUCAGAAUUGCUAUCACUUGUUUACCCUGGAUCAAGUAGUGGUAAUGAGAAAUCAAAAUUUUGCGCUCCGGGAUCAUUAGCAGAUGUUUAUGUCAAAGGAAAGAUAGUGUUGUGUGAGAAGGGUGGGAAAAUACAGAGAACUGGAAAAGGCCAAGUAGUAAAGGAUGCUGGUGGUGCUGCAAUGAUUCUCAUCAAUGAUGAUAAACUUGAUGACAGUAUAAAACCCAAUUUUCAUCUACUUCCCGCAUCACUUCUGAGGUACAAAGCAGGGUUGAGAAUUAAAGACUACAUAGCCUCAACACCAUCACCAAUGGCGAAAAUCGUGUUCAAGGGACCUGUUUUCGGCCUUCCAAGUGCUCCCAUGGUAGCUGAAUUUUCCUCAAGAGGCCCCAACUUAGUAAGUCCUGGGAUCCUAAAACCUGACAUUAUAGGCCCCGGAGUAGAUAUCCUUGCGGCAUGGAUUUCCGCUAACAAAAACCAAGACCACAGCAACAAGAACAGAAAACCAUCAUUUCAGAUGAUUUCAGGAACAUCAAUGUCAUGUCCUCAUCUCAGUGGCAUUGCUGCUUUGCUCAAAAGCUCUCACCCUCACUGGUCACCAGCUGCCAUUAAAUCUGCAAUUAUAACCACAGCCUAUACAACAAACCGUGGAAACAAUCCAAUCACAGAUGAAAAUCUAGUUGAUGCAAAUAUCUUUGAUAUCGGUGCAGGCCAUGUAGACCCAUCAAGAGCAAAUGAUCCUGGCCUAAUCUAUGACAUCCAAACCCAUGACUACAUUUCCUACCUAUGUGGCUUGGAUUACUCAGAUGACCAGGUAACCACCAUUGUCAGAUCUGAUGUGAAAUGUUCGAAGAUUUUGAGUAUACCUGAAGCAGAACUGAAUUAUCCGUCAUUCUCAGUAAACUUUGGUUCUAGUCCUCAGACGUAUAAUAGAACAGUAACAAAUGUCGGUCCCGCAGAUGCUUCUUAUACUCCUCGCAUUGUUGCACCAACUGGUGUGCUUGUUAGUGUAACGCCUGGUGCUCUGGUUUUCCAGAGGAAGAAGCAAAAGUCGACUUACGCAGUAACAUUUAGCAUGCAAGGGGAGGGAGGAGGCAACUCUUUUGGUCAGGGAUAUCUCGAAUGGGUUUCUGCUACCCAUACUGUAAGAAGUCCCAUUGUUGUUACGUAUAAGAGAAAACCUACUUCGCUUACAUAAAAGAAAAUGAGUUGAUUUGAUAUUUAUCUUUCGUGUUCAGAAGAUCUUUGAUAUCCCCUGCCACCAAUUAGAUAAAUCAGCAGAAAAAAGAGUGAUUUACAUUUUGCUUUCUACUUUCUUCUAGUUUCUCCUCACAAAGAAUGCAUAAUGAAAAAAGAGUGAUUUACAUUUUUCCUUUUACUUUCUUCUAGUUCCUCCCCACAAAGGAUGCAUAAUGUGUGAUUGCUAUUCAUUUUCCAGCAUUUGUAACCUCCUCUUGUCGCUUCGUUGGUUUCUGCUAGCCAGCCAGUUCAACCAUCAUUGGCAAAGGCAGGAGUAUCAAACAAACUAACGAGACAAAAACAAAUAUAAAGGCACAGCUCUGGGAGUAGCCUUUGCCCACUGGAAGGGAAAGAAACACAGUGAAGCAGCUACAUAUCCUGAGAAGUGAGAAUACAUACAUAUCUGAAUUCUACAGUUCUUGUUUUAAGCAAUAGAGGACUACAAACCUAUUACUGCAUUAACAAGGGAAGCAUCGAUAACAACCACCGCAAGAGGGAAGGGGAAAAAGCAAUCAACACAAGGCAAUAGCAAGAAACUUGGUGCUUUAAUAAACUUCUGAACAUUCCC